CCACGCCCUGGGGAGGAUUCCUAUCGAUCUGUUCUGCGUUCGGAAGUUCUUCCUGGCAGCAGGCGGCCAUCUUGCUGGAGCUUGAGAGAGGAGAGAAGGGUGACACUGUUUCAGGGCCGCCCCGGGAGCCUCAAGAGCGGGAGGCAGCCCCGGAGGCUCCCGCGGGCGGACGCGCCGGAAGAGGAGGCCGGGGAAUGGCUGCGGUGUGGCAGCAGGUCUUAGCAGUAGACGCGAGGUACAAUGCGUACCGCACACCAACGUUUCCACAGUUUCGGACACAAUAUAUCCGACGGCGCAGCCAGCUACUGCGGGAGAAUGCCAAGGCUGGGCACCCUCCAGCAUUGCGUCGGCAGUACCUGAGGCUGCGUGGGCAGCUGCUGGGCCAGCGCUACGGGCCCCUCUCUGAGCCAGGCAGUGCUCGUGCCUAUAGCAACAGCAUCGUCCGCAGCAGCCGCACUACCCUUGACCGCAUGGAGGACUUCGAGGAUGACCCUCGGGCCCUGGGGGCCCGUGGGCACCGCCGCUCUGUCAGCCGAGGCUCCUACCAGCUGCAGGCACAGAUGAACCGUGCCGUCUAUGAGGACAGGCCCCCCGGCAGCGUGGUUCCCACGUCAGCGGCAGAAGCAAGUCGAGCCAUGGCCGGGGACACAUCGCUGAGUGAGAACUACGCCUUUGCGGGCAUGUACCAUGUUUUUGACCAGCACGUGGAUGAGGCAGUCCCCAGGGUGCGCUUCGCCAAUGACGACCGGCACCGCCUGGCCUGCUGCUCACUCGAUGGCAGCAUUUCGCUGUGCCAGCUGGUGCCCGCCCCGCCCACCGUGCUCCGAGUGCUGCGGGGCCACACCCGCGGGGUCUCCGACUUCGCCUGGUCCCUCUCCAACGACAUCCUCGUGUCCACCUCGCUUGAUGCCACCAUGCGCAUCUGGGCCUCUGAGGACGGCCGCUGCAUCCGGGAGAUCCCUGACCCAGACAGCGCCGAACUGCUCUGCUGCACCUUCCAGCCAGUCAACAACAACCUCACUGUGGUGGGGAAUGCCAAGCACAACGUGCACGUCAUGAACAUCUCCACGGGCAAGAAAGUGAAGGGUGGAUCCAGCAAGCUGACAGGCCGUGUCCUCGCUCUGUCCUUUGAUGCCCCUGGCCGGCUGCUCUGGGCGGGUGAUGACCGCGGCAGUGUUUUCUCCUUCCUCUUCGACAUGGCCACAGGGAAGCUGACCAAAGCCAAGCGUCUGGUGGUGCAUGAGGGCAGCCCUGUGACCAGCAUCUCCGCCCGCUCCUGGGUCAGCCGCGAGGCCCGGGACCCCUCGCUGCUCAUAAAUGCUUGCCUCAACAAGCUGCUGCUCUACAGGGUGGUGGACAACGAGGGGACCCUGCAGCUGAAGAGAAGCUUCCCCAUUGAGCAGAGCUCGCACCCCGUACGCAGCAUUUUCUGCCCCCUCAUGUCCUUCCGCCAGGGGGCCUGUGUGGUGACGGGCAGCGAGGACAUGUGCGUGCAUUUCUUUGACGUGGAGCGGGCAGCCAAGGCCGCCGUCAACAAGCUGCAGGGCCACAGCGCGCCCGUGCUGGAUGUCAGCUUCAACUGCGAUGAGAGCCUGCUGGCUUCCAGCGACGCUAGCGGCAUGGUCAUCGUCUGGAGGCGGGAGCAGAAGUAGGAGACUUCCAUCCUUGCCACUGUCCACCUUCCCACCUGCCUCCGGCCCCAGCCUUGUGUUUGUAAAUAAAGUUCCUGUGGUUGUGCCGA